AUGCCUUCCAGCGGCCGUUGGGAGCGGAAACUACAAAACUACGAUAAAACUGCAUUGCUUCUUACGUACGAACCUCUUCUUGGACCUCCAAACCCGCCACCGCUUCCGCCAUUGGAAGAAGAUGAAAGAGAACUUUGGGCACCGAAACCACCAUUGGUGAAUGGACGACGUGUUGCUCCAAAAGCACCGCCGAAACCACUACCGCCUCCAAAACCAGCAGAUUGUCCGCCAGCGUUAUAG